AUGUCCAGGAAAGUCUUUGAGAGGCGAGAGAACUUGUCGCCGAAGGGGAGUGGACUGCUAAUUCGUCCUGGCGCGUCUCGCAUUCUUCAGUCUUGGGGCCUUGGAGACGCCAUUGAACAAGUCGCGGACAACUGUCUCCCGGACUCCAUCAGAGACCUGAAGACCGGAAAGGACAAGAUACGCACUUUGCCAGCAUCUCUCACUAAAUUUCCAGAUUGGGGCAUUCAUCGACCCAUUCUACAGGAUAUUCUCUACCAACAUGCCGUGCAAGCUGGGGCGGAAAUUAUCUUCGGCAGUUUCGUGGAAGACUUCUCGGAUAACCCCGGCGAAAGUCCAAGCUUACAGUUUCAAGGAGGGAAAACAAUAGGUGGCGAUCUCAUUCUCAUUGCUGACGGGAUUCAAUCACGCUUGCGUACUAAAGUCUUGUUUGACGUAUCCGUGGGCUGGUCGGUAGACCCGCAAGUGAGCGAUUCGGUAUUCUAUGGCGUAACAGUGCCACAGAAAGAAUUACAAUCAGACACCGACGCCGCUUUAUUGCUACAGCAAUUUGACCAUGUGUCUGGCGGCUUGUUCGGCCUCAAACAUGAUGAUGGCCAAACCAGUAUGUGGAGCGAGGAUGGAGAUAUCGUAUUUGUGAGGCAGCAUUUUGAGGGGAUAUGCCCUCCACUUUCUGCAGUUCUCAGCUUGGCGACCAAGUGCGACAGGUGGAAGAUUGCUCAAAUGCCAAAUCUUCCUCGCUGGACGAGUAGGACUGGCAGAACCAUUCUAAUGGGUGACUCGGCCCAUGCAAUGGAGCCCAAUGCAGCACAGGGGUUGUCGCAAAUUAUCGAGGAUAUCGGGGCACUGCAGAUAUUGCUUCUGUCACUUCCUUACUUGGAUGUUUCUGUGAUAAGUAGAUUCUGGGAAAAUAUUCGAAAGCCUCGAGUUGAACGCAUCAAAUCCUUUGCUGCUUGGAACACGCGAAGAUUUCUCGGGCACAAAGAUCAUGCGGGCUCGCAUCAGAAAUAUGCUGAUACCGACUGGGAGUCCAUCAAAGAUAUCGAACCGGAUGCUGCUGCAGAUUUUACAAGUCCUGCGUUUUUUAAGUGGGUCCACGACUACGAUGUCGUUGAACAAGUGAGUCUGUCCCCUGGGCUCGAGUGCAUUCCAUGCCCGUAA